GGAGGGCCGGGCAGGUCGGUGCCGCCCCGGAAGGAAGGCAGGCAGGCAGGCAGGCGGGCAGGAGCCGUGCCGCAGCCAUGGUGGUGCUGAGCGCGGCGCGCUGGGUGCGCAGCCGCCUCUCGGAUCGCUUCUGGAGGGUGCAGGAGGUGCUCAAGUACGCGCGGCAUUUUCGUGGCAGGAAGAACCGCUGCUACAAGCUGGCAGUGAGGAGCGUCCGCAGGGCUUUCGUGAAGUCCACCAAGGCCAGGAGGGAGAAGAAGAGAUUCCUCAGAGCGCUCUGGAUCACGAGGAUUGAAGCAGCUUCCCUCGAACAUGGUUUGAAGUACCCAGCCUUCAUAAGCAACCUGGUCAAGUCCCAGGUGGAGCUGAACAGGAAAGUUCUGGCUGAUUUGGCCAUUUAUGAGCCAAAGACAUUCAAAUCCCUGGCAGCUUUAGCCCAGAGGAGGAGACAGGAGGGGUUCCUGGCUGCCCUGGGAGAUGGAAAAGAACCAGAGGGGAUAUUUUCACGAAUUGUGCACCACCACUACUGAUACCAGAGCCUGUGUGUAUGUUUUAGAAGGAGGGAUUUGAUUGUGAAGCAAACCUGGUGUGAGUGCUGCUGAAAUGGAAAAUGUGGAACAAAUCCUCUGAGGAUCGUGUGGGUGUGAAGCUUCUCCUGGAUGGAUUUUUCCCUGUUAAAUUAAAAGCACACUUCAAGGUUAGCAGUCAGGCCAUCCAGUGGCUUAAUAAAGUUUUUUUGUUUUGUUUUGCCUUUUUUUUUUUUUUUUUUUUUUUUUGGUAACUGCUAGUAGAAAAAAAAACUUAAUUUGUGUGGUGAAUUCUGAGUGGGGAGAGCACAGCUGGGAGUGGGGGGAAAUGUUGACCCUCAGAGGCUCAGAGGUGGAGCCUGGGAGUUAAGGAUACACAUAGUUUAUACUUUUAAAGAUUUAAUAAAGAGAUUUUUACUGAAAA